ACGUGUAAAAGUUCAAAGGGCAUUCUAGCUAGCUAGCGAUGUUGUCUGUGGCCGCAGGUUUUCACUGUGCGUGCUCUUUGCUGAGGCUACCCACGCGAACCUAUGCCCGAAGCUGCUUCAAAACUAAGCCCAGGAAGAGACGAGAUGCAACCAAAGUCAACCCUCUCAAGAAAAAGAUAGCCUCCGAUGUGCGCGACAUCUUAUCCCACGAGACGGUGGCCGUCGUCCACUUUGGAGACCUGGACACCAAGGCCUGGAGCAGUCUGAGACUCAAACUGGCUCAGAGUGGGAACGAGGCACAGGUCAUCCCUACCAAGAUAGCCACCCGGGCACUGGACGAUACUCCAUGCCAGAACCUCGCUCCUCUCUUCAAGGGGAGCACGGCCUUAGUGUACGGAAACUUGGACCAGACUAGUAGUUUGCUGUCGUGUAUCAAGUCGGAGCCGCGGCUGUGCGUACUGGGAGGGAAGGUAUUGGACCAGCUGUUUACCCCUCGAGGGUUGGAGGAGAUUGCGAAACUGCCACCGCUGGAGGUUCUACGACAGGAGUUGGUGGCUCUGCUCAGUCUGCCCCAGAGACACACCCUCUCCCUCCUCCAGAGGACUCCUGUUACUCUCACACAGACUCUCUCGCUGCACGUCUCUUCAUCUUCGCCAUCAUCUAGCCAAGAGACUGACUAGCCGCAUAGCUAGUUGUCACCAAUAUCCCAGUUGAUCUCCUGAGGAAAACACGAUACGUACCCAGCUUUUCCCACAAAAUAAUGCCAUAUAUAGUCAUAUGUGGGGCAAAACUUUUUGGUCUGUGUGAAAGUCUAGAAUGACUGACACUCUCAGAUUUAGCUAAAUACCCCACUGGCCCACGUGGAGUCAUAAAGCCAAAUGCCUUGUUUCAGGUGUACACAUAAUUAUGUGUGUGGAUGGUUGAAAACUGUAAUAUUGAAGACAGAUUUU